UGCUUUUUUCUUUAGCAAAGGAAACAGUUGCACUCUUUGUGAAUACUUGUUCUCAUUGUUUGCAGACAGGGCUCAGCAGACCAAAUUAAGUGCCCUGGACGUAACUGAACUGUGUUAAUACAGGGCUAAGAAGAUUAGACCAGAUUUACCCUUUCCAGUAUUCGUCAGCGGCAGUGUUCACUCAGACUUUGAUGCAUAGCGAUGGGUCAAUGAGACCUGAGCACCACGAUAGCACUCACCAUGGACUAGGACAUGGACCUAAUGAGCUGAAAUGGAAGCUAACAUUUCUUUAAGACCUUGGAUUGCCACCUCCUCCCAUCCUAAAGGGAUUCUGGCGAAUGUCAGAGUCCAGCACCUUCUGUACAUCCUCUAAUAGUAAGCUUCCGUCUUUGUUUCCUAUCUUUGUCUGUAAUCUGCUUUUAUGUCGUAGUUUUGGCAUUAACAUAGAGCCAAUAUCAUUCCAGCAACCUUAACUCACUCCAGUUAUUCUCAUUGACAGUACCUCAUUCAUUCAGAUUACCACAAUGUGAAGCGAACAUGCUUUAAUAUGACGGCAUACAUCCUCUGGACUGUGUUCACAUGGACGUUCAAAGGGCUGCUGUGCACCUGCAGGUACCUGUGGGUGAGUUCUUGCUUUGUGAAAUGCUGACAUUUGUAUUUAAAUGGGGAUAACUCACCCAUAUCUGGUGUUUGUAAGGGUUGGAUUUUUACAGUGAUCGUAAGCCCUGUUCAUUUGCAUUGCAGAUCUGCCCGUACAACGCAAUCAAAUUCUUGCCAAGGAAACAAUACAUUACAGAGGGAACAAGCCGACGGCAGAAGAAGCUUGUGGGUAAGGAUCAUAUAACCCAGGACAAACAUUACUUCAUAAAAUCUGUACACUCAACUGAUUAGACUUUAUUUAACUGGAUUAUAUGUAUUUAGGCAGGCUGGUGUCCUCUUACUCUAUGAGCCUUUAAAGAUGCAUAUAACUUUUUUAAUGAGGCAACAUGAAAAAAAAGGUAUAUGCACCUCUGACAUGCUUUAUAACAACCUGAUCUUAUUGGCUGUACCAUCUUGGUGACUACUUGUUUCUGGUAGGCUGUUACAUGUCAACUAAAGUGAUUAACAGUGGGCAUGUAACCAAAAAUUGAUGGUGUACAUUGGUGUUAUGAGUUAGUCGUAGCUAGUCUGCUUUAGCUGUGCACAGGAAAUCAGUCAGUGUGGAGCUAAACGUAGCCCAAAGCUAUAAUCCUGGUACCCAUUUGGAGUCCCCUCUCAAUGCUUUAGCAUGAAGCCAUAUCUUUGAAACCCUGUCUUACAAGUAUGAUUCUAAACAGAAACCUUGUUCUCACCAAAAGUCUUAUCUGAAAGUUUGUUAUUAUGAACGGCUGGGUAGGAAUCUCCAAAAACUUGCCUGUUUCUCACUGAGUAUAUAGCAUUGUCAGAUGAUAGCUCACAGGUCCCAAAUUGCUGUUUACACAACCGUUCAUUUGUUUACAAAAAUUCUAACACUGAUUUUAUGAUAAUAACAUAGCUAGUUAGCUUACUCGUGUAUUUGUUUGCCUACGUCUUCACUAUGUUAAAUGUACACAAUGCUGUUGAUUUGAAAUCCUGCUAGCUUACUGUUAGCUUUCUAGCUCUUUGCAGACUAGCUACUCCUGGCAACGUUAUUGCUGAGAACUAGCAAGUUCCUGGAAUAGUAUAUUGUGUUUCCAUUGUUUUCAUGACUUUUUCAGGUAUUAGCCAGGAUUGUUAAGGUCUAUUUUCAUUCUUUAGAGAAUGGCCACAGUACUAAUGAGAUAAUGCCUGAAGAGAUGCUUCCACAGCGUCUAUCACUUCCUAACAAUAGAGUCUUUAUCAGGUUUUAUCCUUUCUAUUUAAGUCUAUUUUACUGCAAGUGCUGGAGUAAACCAACAACAACUUGUUUUCUUAUCGAGUUGAUGGCGCCAAAGGUCCAUCAGCAUCCCAACGUGUAAGUAGAGAUAUGAUGUGAUUACCUCAUCUGACUUUCCUUGCCAGGUCCUGGAAGUAAAGGGACUGUAUCCAUACCAGGAAGCCCUGACCGUACCACGGCUCUGCACAAGCGAAUAACCAAAACUGAGAAGGAGAUUCUGUCACUGAAGACCAGGUUUGCCUGCGAGAGAGCAUCAUGGGAGAGGAGGUUUGCGUAUCUGCAAAGAAAACAAGAAGAACUACAUAACCAGGUGCACUUUUAAAAGUGUUAGCAAGUGUUAAAAUUUGGAUGUCUUCUGGUUUUAUCGUUAUCUUCUGUCCUUCUCCUCAGGUGGUCUCUCAGGCUGGAGUGUUAGUGAAGGUGGGGAGUUUUGAUGACAGCGCCUCAGCAGUAGACAAUGGGGAAUUAUAUGAGGAGUGUCCAAGUAAAUAACAUGAAAACUGAAGCAGUUUUACGCUACCAUGCUAGUGGAUUCAAUAGUAACGCGUGCUGUGACUCUCCAAUGAACAGGAAGUUUCCCAAGGCUAACAUACCAACGCAGAGCAUCUGAUAUGUCAGCAAGAGGCACCACUUAUACUAGCAGUUUGACAGCCAGCCACUUAUCCUCAUAUUCGGCUUUGAGCCCAAGACCAUCCUCUGCUGCAUCUUCAGUUACCAGGUAUGGCCUUUUUUUAGAGAUGGUCCGGCACAGCUAUAACUCACAACUUGUUAGCACAGAGGCUGGAAACAGGCAAACAGCCAGCAGCAGUAUUUUCCUGGAGUCCAGGUUGAAAGACGACUGCUCACAGGCAAGUCCAACAACAGACGUCUUGAAAAACAACCCUAAGUCCUUUAUUUUCGUGCGGACAAAGGACAAAGAAGAUUUGCAAAUUAGUGACCUUUGUUGUACCUUGUGGUGGAUUUUGUUACCUUUGAGGGAGCGAGGCUACCUUGAACAGAUCAGUAUAUAUUCCCAAAAAAUGUCAAACUUAACUGCAGGAUUUUAUAUGUUUCAAAACAUCUUUAAAGUUCAGAUUUACAUAUUUAAAAUUUUCUUUCAAUCUAUUUUAUUUGUAUAUUUUUAGCAGACACUUCUGCCCUUCAUAUAUCGACUGUAACCUUCUGUAUACUUGUUUUACAACUGACUGGUCUCCAUUUUGUCCAGUGUACGGUCUUGGAGGACACCCAAAAGCCCUCACCGGGUUUUUGUACCACACUCCCCCAUGGACCUGGAGCUGGGUCACCGUGUCAGGAUUAUGCUACCUUCUGGGAGAAUCAGCACAGGAACUGUCCGUUUCCUCGGUCACCUGCAGGGGGAGGCAGAUCUCCAUCUUGGGGUGGAGCUGCAGACACCUCAUCAUGGGUUGACUGAUGGCAGCCACGGGGGACACAGCUACUUUGAAUGGUAACAACUCAUUUUCUUAGUGUGUGGACACAGUCUUUGUGUAACUUUGGGCUGUUUACCCAGAGUUUAUGUCUCCUCUGAUGACAACUUACUGAGCAGAUUUUCAAAGAACAUUUAAAUGAACCUGCAGAUGCUGUGCAGGGUCAUCUGUUGAUGAAGUGCGGUUUGUUACACAAAUGAAAUUACACACAAGAGUCUCUAGGUAUGUACACAUGACACUCAGGUCCUCAGGUAUUUAACAACCAAACAAUGCCUCCAGGAAUACUUGUGCAAAUCCUGUGCACUUAGUGGUUGAGGUGAGUAUGCAAAUCUCAGGCUGAGGUAAACCCGGCAGGCUUCAGCAGUUUAGAAGUGGGGUGUGUGCACUUGAGAUAUGAGGUGUGAACGUGCCUGCAGCAGUGACAGAUCGGACUUGCUGUUGAAAAAAAUAAAAACGAAGUGUGAGUAUUUUCUGGAUGACUUCUUUAGAACUACAGUAUCCGACACAUAGGUGGGCCAGAAAGUACCUAAAAUCACAAAGCUCUGUCUUCAGUUUCACUUGAGUUUAGACAACCUCAACCAUCAUCUUAACUUGAACAUUUUUUUUCCUGUUUCUGUGUUUUUCAGCCAGCCUGGUUACGGUGCAUUUGUACCAUUCCACAAACUACUAAUGGCCUGGGAAUGACAAAAGUACAGACAACUGAGCUUCACGCUUGGACCAAGUGAUGCA